CGUUUUGGUAUGGUUUGGUUCGGUUACAGUGCAUUUGGCGACCUCUGUAAUUUAGAGCUGAAACUGAGCAAUCGCCGGAGAAACCCAGAGUCACAGUUAUAGUUAAUCCUAGUUAGCUAUGGCAAUGGCGGCGCCAAGGAAGCUGAGAGGCCACAAAUCAACUGUCACCUGUUGUAUAGCUUCUCGUGACCGGCCGGGACUUGUUGUCAGUUCCGGCGAGGAUGGUUGCAUUUGCUGGUUUGAUUUGCGAUGUAAAGAUGUCCAAUUCACCAUUGACGUUGGGACAGAACCUGUUUCGUCUCUUUGUUUCAAGACAGGUAACGAGCACGUUCUUUAUGCUUCCUCUGGAAACGAAAUCAAGUCUUUCGAUGUUCAUACGCUAAGUUCUUCUUCUUGGAAGCCAUUAGAGAGCUACAGUUACAACAAAGAUGAAAUAAAUCAGGUGGUAUGCAACGGAAAAUCAUCUUUUCUUGCUUCUGCUGAUGAUUCUGGUGAUGUUAAGAUCAUCGACAUUGGCUCUGAUACACAAAGUACCUCAGGACAAUGCCUAAACCCUGCGUUUGUCCACUCGAUAGCAGUUCCGGAAAUCGACAUGGUUGAUAAGUUAGACAAGAUCUGCGCUGUUGCUAGAGGUGACGGAGUUGUAGAUUUGAUCAAUAUUGAAUCAGAACUUUCCCGGAAAGUAACUUCGUCAAAAACAUCAAAAGGAGGCAGCAGUAGCAGCAACGACAAUGUGAUCAAAAGGGUUCGGUUAGAUUACUCUGUUGGUGGACACAAAGCUGCUGUAUCUUGUGUAUCGUUUUCUCUGUUUCCGGAGAAAGGUAGAUUCUUGGUCUCAGGAGGUAAUGAUAAGACAGUUAAAAUCUGGGAUUGCUUUAAAUGUCUUGAUUCAGACAACAACAACAACAACGAUAACAGAGGUUUCCUCCAUAUGAAUAUUGACCUGACCAAAAAGGUGAAUUGGCUUUGCACGAAUCAAUCUGAUUCUGAGAAUCUUGUUGUCUGUGACACAACAAGAGUCGUCAAGUGGACUUUCUUCAAGUGGUUGCUUGAUACACAAGUUAGUUACUUGUUCUUGUUAGGUUCAUAUAAAUGUCACAAGACCGUUCCAUUUUCUACCAUUCCCAAGAUCUCUCUUCUUACCACUAUGAAACCGCAGCGAACGCAACCGCGACCGCUAGUUUUCUUCUUCCUCCUCCUUCUCUUAGCCACCGUCUCCUCAUCUUCUCCAUUAGACCCAAAACAGCUCAAAGCUCUCAAAUCUCUCAAAACCAUUACAACAACCAAAGAUCCCUGCAACAACAACAAGAACCACUCUUCAUCCUCCAUAACCUGCGACAGCGCUUCUCCUUUCCGCCACGUGACCUCUCUCUCCUUCACAAACCGCUCCUCUGUUUCUCUCUACUCGAAAACCCUCAAGCCUCUCUCGAAAUCUCUGCUCUCUCUCUCCUUCAACAACUGCCCUUCUCUCUCUCCACCGCAUCACCUCCCAACCUCUCUCCACUCCUUCUCCGCCGUCUCCUCCUUCCACCGUCACGGUCUCUCCGGCGUCUUCCUCGCUCGUCUAGUUAACCUCACAAGCCUCAGCAUCAUCUCAACCCCGAUCUCAACCUCUGGUCUUUACGUAAUCCUCGGAAACAUGCGCAAGAUCACUUCACUCACAAUCUCAAACUCGAAACUCUCCGGCAAAAUCCCGAAAUCGUUUCACUCGAAUCUUACUUACGUCGAUCUAUCAAACAAUCUGCUCAGAGGAACGAUUCGAACUUCGAUCACUCUUCUCUCAGGCCUCAAAUCCUUAAACCUAUCUCACAACUCACUCUCCGGCCAGAUACAUUACGGAAUCGGAGACUUAAUCUGGUUGAAAAACUUGUCGUUAGCUUCGAACGAGUUAUCAGGACCGAUCCCAAAUUCGAUCUCGUCGAUGCCUGAGCUUACACAUUUGGAUCUCAGCAGGAAUCAACUAAACGGCACCGUUCCAAGCUUCUUCUCCGAGAUGAAGAAUCUCAAACACUUGAAACUCGCUGAUAAUUCUUUUCAUGGAGUUUUGCCGUUCAACGAAAGCUUCAUCAAAAGUCUCGAAGUUUUCGAAAUCGGAGGGAACAGUGGUCUCUGUUACAACCACACUGUGUUAUCCUCGAAGCUGAAUCUGGGUAUUGCUCCGUGCGAUAAAUACGGUUUGCCUAUAUCGUCUCCGCCGCAAAAGGAGGAUUCGACGUCGGAGGAGGAAGACGAUUACGAUGGAGAAGAGAAUGAGGUUAAGAAAGAAGAGCAUCAUGGUUCGGAUAAGACUGUGCUUGGUGUCGCCAUUGUUCUUUCUUCGCUUGUGUUCUUGAUCAUCUUCCUCAUUCUUCUCGCUAAAUGGUGUAGUUGA